AUUGCAGGAAAUCGAAUCAGUCGUAUGUGAAUACUGUUCGGUAAUAGUAGCGAAUAUUUAUUAAACCCAUUUAGUACCUAUAGUGUGCAUAGAAUCCAAUUCAAAAUGGGGGUGAACUAUUUGACCAGCGUACCCGGAUUGAUUAAAUUAGUGGAAGAGGUUUUUAACUUUAUUGGAUUUAUGUGCAUCGCUUGUACUAAUGGUGUAUCUGCUAAAGGAGACGCGUUUCUCGCUGCAUCUAUAGGUGCGUUUAUCAUCACCGCCAUUUUCUUGGUCAUCUAUGUGUUGGAUAUACAGGAACGAGUGGGAAUUCCGUGGAUUAAAAUUCAGUUCUUUUAUUGUGUCAUCUGGGGUCUGUUUUAUUUGAUUACGGCUGCGUUAGUUAUCGACCUGGGAUCGGGCUACGUGGAUUCGUACGUUGCUGGUGGAGUAUUCGGUUUGUUUGCCACAACGACGUACUUUAUAGACGCAUUUUUCAAAUACCAAAAGGAACAGUAAUUUAAUUUUUGUUUACGUUAAUGGUAAUUUUUAUAUGCAUUUUGUACUUACUUCAAUAAUAGACUAUAUCCAAUAAAACAGUGUUCGAACGUU